GGGAGCGCGGCUCUGGGCGUUGGGAUGAGGGAACCGCCAUGGAGCGCAGCCCUGACAGGAAACGUCGGUGUCUCGGACCCCGAUACAGUCUCUUGGCAGAGAUCGGCCGCGGCAGUUACGGGGUGGUGUACGAGGCCCUGGCCCGGAGGAGCGGAGCACGGGUGGCGGUAAAACGGAUUCGAUGUGAUGCCCCAGAGAAUGUGGAACUGGCCCUCUCAGAGUUCUGGGCCCUCACCAGUCUCCGCCGUCGCCACCCCAACGUCGUGCGAUUCGAGGAAUGCGUCCUACAACGUAACGGCCUGGCCCAGAAGAUGUCGCACGGCAACAAGGAGUCGCGACUCUAUCUGCGACUGGUUGAGACUUCUCUCAAGGGUGAGCGAAUUUUGGGAUAUUCUGAAGAAGCUUGUUACCUAUGGUUCGUAAUGGAGUUCUGCGAGGGCGGUGAUCUUAAUCAGUAUGUCCUGUCCAGACGACCAGACCCUGCUAUAAACAAGAGCUUUAUGCUGCAGCUGACCAGUGCUAUAGCAUUCCUGCACAAGAACCAGAUUGUUCACCGUGAUCUGAAACCGGACAAUAUACUCAUUACCGAGCGCUCAGGGGUCCCUGUGCUCAAAGUGGCUGACUUUGGCCUUAGUAAAGUGUGCGCUGGCCUAACACCCCGCGGGAAGGAGACCACCGGUGUUGGCACCAAUGAAAACAGGACUGUGAAUGUGAAUAAAUACUGGCUGUCAUCAGCGUGUGGCUCAGACUUCUAUAUGGCUCCAGAGGUGUGGGAGGGUCACUACACUGCCAAGGCUGACAUAUUUGCCCUGGGCAUAAUAAUCUGGGCCAUGAUCGAACGAAUUACAUUUGUGGAUGCAGAGACCAAGAGGGAGCUGCUCGGGACCUACAUAAAGCAGGGCACUGAGAUUGUCCCCGUGGGGGAGGCACUGCUAGAGAACCCAAAGAUGGAACUUCACAUCCCACAGAAACGUAGGACUUCCAUGUCUGAAGGCAUCCGGCAACUGCUGAAAGACAUGCUGGCUGCGAAUCCACAGGAUCGACCCGAUGCGUUUGAGCUGGAGACUCGAAUGGACCAAGUUACAUGCGCUGCUUGAAGCUGUGAUACAGGUUUGACAUGAAUUCUGCAGUCUUACACUCCAGUUGUGGAUCCCCUGUGGCACCACUUCCUUCAGCCCUCUCAGAGAAAUCUCUACAGCUUGGGACUCUCAUAAGCAGUCUAAUAAACACUUGUAGCAUCCUGCAUUUUUGUGUACCUGCUGCUGGUGUCCCAGUUUGCCCAGUGUACCAAAUGACUUGGUGGGACUGGUGUUGCCUCACCUGGAUGUGGGCAUCAAAUGCCAGUGCAUGGACUACGGUGUGGCAAUGUCUCAAAACACUGAUCUCUCUGAGCUCAUCUCGCUACACAAAGGGAGACCUGAGGGCCUGAAUGCUGUGGGAAUGUCAGUUUUGCUGCUCUUUGUGGGAGGGUGGGGUGUCUCUUUGUGUAGGUGGCUACAUCUGUGUAUAAAUGGUAGCCAUAAACUUGUUCUAUCAGUUUUUCAGACAUUGCUGCCAUGGCUAUAGCUCUGCAAAAGUUGGUGUCUUAGUACUGCCAGCUGUGUGCCAUGUUACAUGUCUCAGGGAUCUGGCAUCUUCUACAUCGAUUAUAUUAUUUUUUUUCCCCCUCUGCUCUAGACUUUGGGAGAGGGUUGUCACACACUACCCCCCGUGCCUCCUCACUCUGCACCUUAAUGGUUUCCUUCCUAUGCAUGAACAGAAAUAGAUCCUUGUGUGCCCUUUGUAGCUACCACAGUGCCUACUUCCAGCACAUCAACCCUGGCAUGCACGACUGUGCGAAUGCUGCUUACCCACUUCUUGCGCUCACUACCCUUUAGUAAGUUGUGCCUUAUUUCACCUUCCCUCCUUUGGAACUGUGGAACCUUCUUCCAGCCUGAAGCAGGGCUCUGCUUAGUAGUUUGUCCUUCACUGUCAUGUGUUGUGUAAGGGUUAAUAAGCAAUAAUGGGAGGGCAGUUAUAAAUCUGUAGAUGAGACAUCCUUUACGUGGAAAACUAUAAUACUAGAAAACUUGUUUUCAUUACCCUCUGUCGUUUUGGCAGCUUUGCUUCGUUAUUUAUGCAAGUGUGAAUUUCCAAUGAGCAUACUGCCUGCUUUCUGCUCCCUUUACUUCUUACUUGGUGCCCCAAGCACACAUACAAUCACCUGAGCCAGUGCCAUGAGCAUGCAGUUUGAUCUGGUGAGUCUUCAUACGGUCAGGAUUGCAAGAGCACAAUUUGGAAAUGUAAUGCAAAUGCAAAACUGGGGCACCAUGAUGCGACGUGUGCCUGGGCUCUGUGCCGGAAGCAUGCAACUAAACUGCAGUGGCUGGAAGUAUGAGGAGUGUGUUGAGUGGGCUGCUCCUUAAUUGUGGGUAAGUUGAACGGGUAAAAGGUGGUUUGGGUGGGUGACAUAUUGUGGGGCAGCUGGAGCCUUUCCUUUGUGAGUGUAGUACUGAGUGGUGAGUGGACUGCCUUUUCUCAUUAGGGUAGUUGGGUGUGAGCUGUGUGCAGUGCUAGAUUGUUUUUCUGGGGGUGAGAUGACCCGUGUGCUUGGAAUUUGUGGGUGGAUAUGAGCUGCACUGUGACUGCUGUGCCCAAUUCCAGGCUUGGAAUUUGGGGCAGGGUAACGGUACAGCUGGAGCGGCUGAGCCUUGAGUGCAGUUCUGGGGCAGAUUUCUUUUGUUUGUAGGGGCAUGUGUAAUAGUUUGGUUAAGUGCCUCAGAUACGGUAGAUGGAGCACAUGCUAUUGGUGGCUGGAUCUGUCAGACCCCCUUCCCUUCUCGUUGCUGAUUGGACGUUAUGGACUGUAUUUAUAUUUGCGGAAGCACUGUUCUCUUUUCCUCCCGUGUGAUUGGCACAGAUGGAAAUGAGAUUUCUCUUAUAAAUAAAGUGGUUAAACUGC